AUGAAGAAUAGCUUUUUAGAAGACAUCCAUAACGAAUUGACAGAACUCGAGUCUUCUGUGGGGACAUCUAAAACUCCACAAGUCAAUGAAAAAUCCACAGCAUCUAUAGAAUCGAUUCUAUCUGAUUUUGAUACCAUUGGGACUGUUGAUUUUACUGAUGACUUAUUUUCAAAGAACAAAGAAAGUCUUGCAAGUAGUCGAAAGGACGAAGUGAGUUUUUCUGAUCUAAUUAACGUGCAAAGUGACGCGACUGUUGUUCACUCGGAAGACGGUACAAAAGAAUUGACACAAUCGCCUCUUCUCUUGGAUAGCGAUACACAACCAACAACACCACAGCCUUUGCUCAAAUCACGUUUAAAAGAAGAGUCUGUCAUUAUUGACGACGAAAAGGUCCAAAGUGUUCUGAAUAUAUGGGACUCACUUGACAAUGACGUGGUCAAUAAGGAUCAAAGUGUCCCGUGGUACUUGCAACACGUUCAAUUUGUGAAAUAUGAGAAGAAACAAGAAAGCGUUUUAGACCGAAUUAAUGAACGAUUUGCAGACUUGAAUUCACAAGUCGACACCCUCUGGAAAUCACUUUCGCAACCCAAAAGUUUGAAACCAGAAACUCAAAUAAUCACCGCAAAGAGUCAACCCCAACUCGUUGAAACUACUGAACAUCACGAAAAGGUCGAAACUCGGAAAAUAGAAGACCCACUCGCAGAAGAAUCAACUGAAAAGGUCGAAGUACACACCCCAAGUGGUAUUAAUAUCUCAAGUAAACCAAAGUUUCAACCACCAAAGAGUCCACACGAAAUCACUGAAUAUCAAAAGAAGCUCACGGGCGAUGGGUACAUCUACUUGUUGUCUCAUCAACAACUCGAAGACCUCUUAGGAAAGAAAUUCUGUUUCCCAGGACUCAUCCUCCACGACAUCAUCUUAAGAUUCAUUCCGGAACAAGCCGAGUUCUUCUUAACUAAAGGAUCAAAGUCCGACUUCGACACAUUACCGGAAAAUAUGGACAACGGGUCAAACGUGUUUGUCUUUGCACUUUCAAGAAACUUCUAUGUCGUCUACAUCGAACAGUUUGAUGAGUAUUAUUUGGUCCCUAAUAACCCGAUCGUCAUCCAAAAUGCAAAUGUCAAAUAUAUUAAAUAUUGCGAACUCAAUAAAAUGGCUGCUUUGACAACGCAAUUGGACUCCGUCACUUCUUACCUUUCGAGCGUCGACAAGAAGAUGGGAGACUCUAUUUUGAAUUGGGCUAAAAGUUGGUUCUAG